AGCGGUAAAGAGAAGUGGUUGAGAUACAGCAAGAAACGGAAAUAACUCUUUUAACUUGUUCGGUUUUCCGUGUCGUACAUUUGACUUUUCUCUACUUUGUUCACUUUUCUUAACUUAUUUCACGGCCGUUUCGUCGCUUUACGGUCAGAGUCUUGUAUCCUUGGCAACAUGAACAACUGUGCUGAGAAGUUUGGAUCAAGUGUUACACCUUCAGCCGGAUAUUAAAUUGGAUAUUUACCCACUAAACUAACGGAACUGACUCUGGUGUGCAUAUGGGCGUUUGUGGAAGUAUUUCGAACAGUUUUUAUUUAUAUUUAACCGUUUUCAUUUUAAACCCAGUGUUUAGGGAAACGGGACAGCGCGAGACAAUAGUGGUGUGAGAGAGAGCUCGUGCAGGGGGGGAUCGAUGCCUCGCGGGGGCUUUGUUCUGUCCUGUGUGGUGACCUGCCGCGAGCCUACUGCAGAUAUCGACUGAUUGACCGGUGGAUUUAUGAUUAGUUGGUGAUUGAUAAACGGACUCAGAAGCCUUUGGAACAACCAUGGACGUGACUCUGUCCGAGUUACUGGCCACUUUCAUGGAGUCACCGCUGGUGGUGUGGGUGCGGACGUUGGGUCCUUUGGGUUCAUGUGAUGACGUAGGCUCAGAGGAGCAGGUCAACAUGUUCAUGGAGCUGGUGAACGGCGUCUUCCUGCACAAGAUCAUGACACACAUUGACCCCAGCCCAACCAAUACGAGGCUGAACAAGAAUGUGAACAAUGAUGUGUCGCUUCGCCUUCACAACCUGACUGUUCUCACCAGACACAUCAGGACGUACUACCAGGAGAACUUACAGCAGUUAAUAGUCAUGCCCCUUCCUCACAUCCUCUGCAUCGCCAAGGAUCCAAUAUCAGCUCAGAGCAUGGAGGAGCUGAAAAGACUUUUGUUGCUGAUACUAGGCUGUGCUGUCCAGUGUGAGCGUAAGGAGGAGAUGAUAGAGAAGAUCAAACUUCUGGACAUUGACACCCAAGCUGCCAUCGUCUCUCACAUCCAGGAGGUGACCCAUAACCAGCUGAAUGUUCUUGACUUGUCCUGGCUGGAAGAAGGAUCAGAGCUUGCACACGAGGAGCUGGAUCCUCUGUCCCGCAACAUGGCUUCGUCGCUACAGCAACUGAUUAACCAGAGAGACAAAGCUAGUGAGGUGAUUGUUCAUCUGACACAGGAGAGGGACUACCUGUCCAGUCAACAGCCCGUGGAAGGGUGCAGGAACCUGGGCUUGAGCGGCCCAGAGUGUUCUGGAGGUGUGGGAAUGUAUAACGGGGGAUCUGCUGUAAAUGUGUCUGGGCUGGCCAAAGAGGAGAAGCAGCAUCUGUCUGUGGAGCUCGCUGAUACCAAAGCCAAGCUCCGCAGAUACAGACAAGAACUGGAGGAGAAGACAGAGCAGCUGAUGGAUUCAAAACAUGAAGUGGAGCGACUUGAUCAGGAGUUGCAGAGACAGAAACAAGAGAACCAGUCACUGUCUUGUGAGGCCCGUUCGGUCAGAGUGUACCGGGACGAGGUAGACUCACUGAGGGAGAGAGCAGCGCGGGUUGACCGACUGGAGACUGAACUGACCAGAUGUAAAGAGAAACUCAAUGAUGUUCACUUCUACAAGACCAGAAUGGAGGAGCUUCGAGAUGACAACAUGACUCUAAUAGAGACAAAGGUCCUAAUGGAAGAGCAGCUCUCAGCCUCCAGGGGGCGCUGUGAUAAACUUCACACCUUGGAGAAAGACAACCUUCUACUUCGAGCUAAAAUACACGACCUGGAAAUGGAGAGGGACAAUGAACGUCUGAGGAUGGAGGAGCUGGUGGAGGAGAACAUGCUGCUGGAGAUUGGACAGAAACAGAGUAUGAACGAGUCAGCUCAUUUAGGCUGGGAGCUGGAACAGCUUACCAAGAACCAUGACAACACUAACACAGAGACUCGUAAGUCGUUGGUCCAUGAGCUGAACGAGUGUGUUUCCAGUCGGGUGUUGAAGCUGGAGAAGGAGAACCGGGAGCUUCAGGCCUCUAUAGAGGGACUGAAGGAGGAGAACCACCUCCUGCAGGAGCAGCAGCUCCACACCCAGGAGCUAGACAGGGAGAACCAAGGCCUCAGCAAGAAGUUGGACCGUCUCCAGGGUCUAUUGGACCAGGAGAGACUGACUAAUCAAGACAUGGAGUCUCUGGGAGAGGAAAUAUUGAAAGAAAAACAGAGUCUGGAGAGAGAUAUGCACACUCUGAGGGCAGAGAAAGACAGACAGAUCUCAGAGUUGGAGAGUGAGAAACAGCACCUCUCUGGUGCUGUGUCGUCCCUUCAGGAGCGCGCUCAGUCAGACAGUGAGGCGAGGGUACGCGAGGUGGAAAUGGAGAACCGCCAACUGCACCAGAACAUCACUGACACCAGCUCCCGAUUGGCCAGUUUAGAAACCACACUCAAACUUGCCAAUGAGGAUGCAGAGAGGCUGAGUGAGAGGGCAGGGCGGUGUGAGGAGGUGGAGCGAGAGAUGGCAAGGCUGGAGAGGAGUAGGGAUGCUCUAAACAGAGAGCUGGCCUCUCUGCGUGCCUGCAGCGAGCGGUCAGAGGCUCUAGAGAAGCAGAUGUCCUCCCUGGAGCAGGAGGUGCACAGGCUAAAGCGGGAGGCAGAGGAGGCCCAGCGGGAGCAGCAGCGACUGGGGAGACAAGAGGCGGACAACAGCCUGCUGUCGAAGGAGAACCUGGAUUUACGCUGCUCCCUAGAAAACUUGCGCUCCACAUCCGCUCGUCUGGCCACCCUACAGGAGGAGUAUAAAGAUGCACAGAGAGAGACACAGGAUCUGCAGAGGAGUCUGGAGGAGGCCAGAGAGGAGGCACAAGGAGAAAGGAAGAGGGCAGAGAGGCUCGAGCUGAACAUGACAGCUCUGAACCAGGAAAAGCAUUGCUUAGAGGAGGAAAUACAGAGGAACAAAGAGGAGAGGGAAGAGGAAGAGGGAGAUAGGCAGGAGAACCAGGCCAGAGAAGAGGAACUGAGAAGGGAAGUAGAAGAACUGAAGCAGGAGCGGAAAAGGAGGGAGGCAGUUGAAGAGGAGAGGAGGAAGCUCCAAUUGGACUUGGAGCAGUCAGAGAAAGGCAGGAAGCACGUGGAAAAGGAGAGCUGGAGGAUCCGAACACUGCUGGAGGGUAAAGAGACAGAGCUGGAGGAGAAAACCAGGCGAUUGGCCACAGUGGAGAAAGAGGGCUGGACUCUGAGUAAAGAAGUGGAUAAGCUGAGGGAGGUGUCAUUUAAGGCCAAGGAGUUGGAGAGGGAGAACAAAGAGGUGCAGAAACAGACAACUAUUGACAAGAGGACUCUGGCCACUCUGAGAGAGGAGUUGGUGACAGAGAAGCUGAGUGUUCAGCAGCAGAGUGUUGAGUUGGAGAGACUCAAUCAAGAACUGGAGAAGAUUGGACUGAGCAAAGAAAAACUACUACAGCAAGAGCACACACUGGAGGACAGCAGGUACAGGCUGCUGGAAUCUCGACUUGAGGAAACUGUCCAACAGACAAUGAAGAUUAAAGAGGAGAAGAUAUUUUGUCUAGAAAAAAAACUAAAAGAGAGCAGCAUGCUCAACACUAUGCUACGUGCUGAGCUAGCCACUGUGGAAGAAAACCACAACUCCCAGCAGCGCUCAGGAAGUGACCGGGGUCAAGGGUCAGCCACUGCUGAACUGCUACGAAUCAAAGAUCAUCUUAUUGAUGUAGAAAAGACUAAUGCCUCCCUGCAGACAGCGAGCAGUCUGUUGCAGGGGCAGCUCAAACAGCUGGAGAAGCAGAACACAUCUGUUAACAACCAGAUGUUGGAGCUGCAGCGGCACACCACCACCCUGCAGGAACAGAAUUCAGCCUUACAUAAACAGACAGCAAAACUACAGGUGGAGAACUCCACGCUCUCUUCCCAGAGUGCAUCUCUCAUGGCCCAGAAUGCCGUGCUGCAGGGCCAAGUUACCGCCUUGGAGUCGGAGGUAGAGUCGUGGCAGAGACAGCGCGAGGAGGCGUGGCGAGGCAGAGAAAACGUGCUCAGCGAUCAUGAACGCCUGCUGAACGUUCAUGAGAGGCAAGCGCUGGAGUAUGAGCAGCUGAUCAGUCAGCACGCUGCACUGAAAGGCAAACAGAGGGGGCUAGAGAGUGAGCACAGGACGCUGCACAGCAAGUAUUGUACUUUGUUGCAGCAGAAGGAGAAAUGGGAGGAGCAGGAGGGGCUUGGUCGGAAAGAGAAGGAAGAACUUAACCAGGAGAUUCAGAAGAAUCGGCUACUACAGCAAGAGAAUCUACAGCUAAAAACCGAAGUGGACAGAUUAACAGAGAGCCAAUCACAGCAGUCAGGGCAAUGUGAGGGGAUGCAGCAGCGCAUGAAUGAACUCAAGAGCUCAUUAAGCUCCGCCCAGCUGGAAGAGAGUCGAUGGAUGGCACGAUAUGAUUCGCUAAUGGAGCAACACCAGGGCCUGGAUCUAACCAUGACCAAACUAGACAACCAUUGUGAGCUGUUGAGUCGACUGAAAGGGAACCUGGAAGAGGAGAACCACCACCUCCUGAGUCAGAUCAACCUGCUGAGUCAGCAGAACCACUCUCUACUAGAGAGGAGCAUGGAGAGCAAAGAGCUUUAUCACCAGGAACAGAAACUAUACAUUGAUAAGCUGAACGCUCUUCGUCGUCAGAAAGAAAAACUGGAGGAGAAGAUCAUGGACCAGUACAAGUUCUACGACCCGACACCUAAAAAGAGGAGUCAGUGGUCUGGAGCCAAAGCUUUUGUCAAACUGAUCAAACCCCGAAAGGAGAGCAGCAGGGAGAGAGGGGCCGACCAAAACAAGGAAGGAGGCAAAGAAAGAGAGAGAGCAAAGAGUGCCCCAGACAUCCCUCUACCUUCCCCACCUCCUCUACUCCCUCCUGAAAUCCCACCCCCAGUUCACCAGCACACAGGAAAUGACAUGCAAGGCAGUGGCCAUGCCCACGGUAACCAUAACAACCACACCACCGGCACCAGUCUGGGACCCCAGAGUCCAGCACUCACGCCCAUCAGCCGAGGUUUGACGGACAGGGGCCGGGGUGUUUAUCGUAGCAGUACUCCUGGAAGCAGCAGUGAGAGUGUCAAUGGAGAUGAUGGACAUGGACAAGGUCAGACCCAUAAAGCUCUGAGCUCCACUCCGAGCCGUCAGUCAUCCUCGUUGGGUCUAACUAACAACUCCAACUCCAGACCCGGAGGCCCUGGCCGCAGGCCCAGAGGUCUGAUAUUUGAUGAAGACUCUCGCCACAACACCUCUGACUCUAUUUGUGGUCAACAUGGCAAAACGGGAGGUCGGCCAGGGUCGGCAGACUUCAGCCACAACACCUCCAGCUCCAACUCACCUGUCAACUGCAGAGACACAUCAGAUCGUCCGGCUCGUUCCGCCAGCCUCUCUAGUGAUGAUGUCAUGGGUCUCAGCCAAUCACAACAGACUCUGUCACGUAGUUCAACCCUUCCAUACGACCAUACGGCCCAGAGGGCCCAACCUCAGCACGGAGGCGCAGUUAGGAUUAAGAACCGUACAGCUUCUCCGUUGAGUGAGAUGGUGACACUGGAAGAGUUUCUACAAGAGAGCAACCUACAGUCACCUCCUAUGGUGUCAACAGGAAGCAGGGAGGACUUGAUGACCGACUAUUUCACCAGAAGUCCUGCCCCUUUGGCUCCCCCUGGCAGAGAACAAGUGACUCCCACCAGCUAUGUUACGCCCACUGUACAACCUUCAAACCAGAGGCCAGGCCAGAGCGUCAAGCCCUCUCCCCGCCAGCCUGUAGGCCAAUCCCCUGCCUCAGGCCAGUCCAUCAGCCAGAGAACUGGCCAAUCUCUGAGCAGGGCUUUCAGCCUGGCCUCUGCUGAUUUGCUGCGUUCCAACGGACCAGACAGUUUCCAUGUAAAUGACGGCCAAUCAGAUGUGGUUGUCCGGAGACAAGGGGGAGGCGCGAGUGGGAGGGAAAGGCCGCUCUCUGCUCGGCUAGCUGGUCCGACCGAUCAGCAUGGAGAUGGCAGCUUUCUAAAUCCGCCUAUUCACCAUUCGUCUUCUCUCAAUCUGCAAACGGAGAGAUAUGCAGAGAGAGAAAAAGAGAAAGGGAGGACUCCCGUCUCUCGGAAUGGCCCCACCUCAUCCUCCUACCACCACCGUGGAGAAGUCGCUAUGGUAACCCCUGUCAGGGCUGUGCCUGCCACACGGCCUGAUGAAGCCUCAGAGCAUGGGGAGGUGUUAAUGGAGGGGCAGUCAGGGGACACCUCCCACUUAGAGAAAGAAAGUGAGAGAGCAGGGUGUGGAUCUGUCGAACAUCCCAAAAGCACUCCUGCUUCCCCUGACCCUAACAAUGACCCUCAGACUGUGUGGUAUGAGUAUGGCUGUGUCUAAACACUGACACUAAUGAACACCUAUGGGUGUGGCUUUGUCUAAAAACGGGAACCGAAUACUCACUCUACAGUCUGCUGGGACUACAUAUGGAAGCUUUACAGGCUAAGUCCAUACUCUCAGACACAAGUAAUCAGACGCUGAACUUCGCUCUUUGUAUUGUGGAUAAAUGUUUUAACUCUUGGAAGUCCACAGUUAAGCUUUGCUCAAAUACAACAUAAACUGGAGACAAGUCAGAGGGCACGGUCACUUAUGCACGACCAUCGCUUGAUGAGGCGAUAUUCCUACUGAAAGUUCACAAAAGUUGAACUCCACGUGAUGUGAAGAUGUGAUUUUGCUGCGUUUUUUGCCCCGUCGCUUCCAUAGAAAGGAAGUCAAAGGGAGGUAAAUGUUAUUUUCGUGCAUGUGUGACCGUGCCAUAAAUCCAGGAAAGCAAAGCCAAAUUCCAUGGAGACCCUUACCAUUUCUAUCACAAGCUGAAUCUCUCUGAGGUAGAUACAAUAUGGAUAUGAGCUGAAUCAUUGAUGGUCUUUUUAAGGAUUUGGUAUUAACACCACAACACUAUAGAGGAUCCCUGAGAAUGCUGGAAUUCCAUGUUUACUGGGACAAGCAAGCACCCUGAAGUCCACAGGAUGAAUAUUUUUUUAUUUCUGGGGAAAACAAACCACCAAAAGAGUCUGGCUCUUUAAAUGCUUUACUAAUUAGUUGUGGGGGUUUAACCAGAUGAUUAUCCAAAUGUUAAUUUUAACACAUAAAUACAUAAAUGAAGAUUGGAGCUGAGAUGUCUGAAGUCGGAGAAUCCAUAACACUUAAAGCCUGCAGGAGCAGAGGACACGUGCUACGUGCAUGGCUGUGAACCAGAAUACUAAGUAUAGGCUUGGUCUAUGAGCUGGAACUCUUUGACUGCUGACAGGCUGUCUGGCUCUGCUGUUUACCUGGAUGCCACCAAUUCUGCAGAACUGUAGCCAGAAAUUAGCCAUCAUUUGAAAUGAGUGAUUGAACUGAGGUGAAGGCAACCAGGAGCAACUGAAUGUAUCAGAUUCUUCCUCCGUUUUCUGUCCUCCUCUUCUCCUGUGUUAUCUAGAACACACACUGGCAAAAAGGAGCCAGAGAAGGGAAAGAAAUGGAGGCAAUUAAGCAAAGAGAGUUGUAGCAAGUGAAUGAGAAAGAGGUAUAGAGAGUGAGAAUAAAUUGAGGGAUACUGGGAUGGAGAAUGGUGGACAGAGGGAAGGACAGAUAUAGAGAUGGAUGCAGUGACUUGAGGAAGGAAAGAUAAAAAGGACAGGCAGGGCUCCUCCCAGUUAAAUUACAGUCUUUCUCCCUCCAUCUUUAGAUUCUGUCCCAGCAUGCAACACUCUGACACUUUACUGGAAAUGUUGUUGCUCGGCCCAAGCCAACACUAGUUUCACACACACACACACACACACACACACACACACACACACACACACACACACACACACACACACACACACACACAUAUUUAAAAUGAUAUAUUCAGACGAAGAGGAAUUGUCCUUGAGGGGCUCAGUUGUGGCUUCGCUAACCAUUGAGCUGGACUUAAUUCACACUCGCAGGCAGACACACACCACAGGGCAAACCACUGUGUGUUGGUGGGGUGGACUGCUGCAUGCUAAGUUAGCCAGUUGUAAGGACUACACAAGAGAGAGAGAGUGAGAUUCAGUCUGAAUCCAGACCCACUGUGAUCUGGAUAGUUAGUUUGCAUGUAAUGAAUUACCUUUGGCAAUAGUUUGUCGUUGUAUAAUAACUGAAUGCACCAAGUGUUUGGAAGAUUGUUCAGUUGCUGAACAAAUGACUGUUCUCAUUACCUAAUGUAUCAAAGUGUCUCUGGUGAAUCUUUGACUUGUUAACUAUGCUAACACUGUCAGUAGCAUAUGCUCUACAAUGUUGGGUAACAGCAGCUUAAGCUCAUUUCAAUCUAGUCACAACAUCAAUCUUACGAGGUCUGACGUACUAACAUGUUUCACUAUAACACUCAUUGGGCAAUCACCAUCAAGACUACAGCAGCAGAAGGUUAAAUACAGACAGAGAUAUCAAACACAUCUUGUUCACCUUUUGAAGAGCAUAGAGAAUAAUACAGGAUGUUUAGUCUUUCACACUCACAUUUUCUUUAAUCUUAUUACUCAUCUUUCUGUCUGAAACUCAAAACAUGAAGAUGUACGCACUGAGUCAAGAUUCUACUGGAGACACAUGAUGAUUGUGGUAUCAGUGCAGUCAUCACUACUGUUGGGGGAAUUUAUAAAUACUUGGUGUAUUCUUUUAAGCACAUUGAACAGAGAAAGGAGGAAGAUGAGGUGGUAAAUUAAUGAAAGUAUCCCUUGGAGACAGACGAUGAUGUUAAUGAAUUUUUUUUAUAUCUGACCUUUUGUCUGCAAUGCUGUUUGUAAAUACAAACAUGUCCCUCCUGCAUUAAUAAUGACCGAGGCAAAGACAUUCAUAAAAGCAUGAGAAUGAUGACGAGGAGGAAGAUGUAACACUGGAGUUAUGAAAAUUAAGAUUUGACUGGCACCCAUCACUAACCUUUCCGCUCACCUUUUGAACAAAAAGCACAUGUCAAUAUGCAACGAGCUAAAUUAUUUUACCUGUAACAUUUGUACAUGACAUUAGAUUUUAUAAACUGGGCACAUUUUAGAAGACUUGGGAUACUUGGGAGAAAUGUUUGUUGAUACCAAAAUCCAGAUCAAUUCCUGUAAACUGGUAAAAGUCAUGUGGUUCCAAGAUUUGUAUUUUUUUUUAUAUACGUGAAAUUCUAGUAGUGAGAUCAUUUUAUCAGAUGACGUGACCUGAUAUAAUACAUGAUACAUGUUGAUGCUGUCAGUAGAGCUGCAACCUGUCAAAUGACUUGUUUGGGUUGGUGUGUGUUUCCUUUUUUUAAUGUCUGCACUUAAGGCAUUAUUAGUGUGUGUGUGUGUGUGUGUGUGUGUGUGUGUGUGUGUGUGUGUGUGUGUGUGUGUGUGUGUGUGUGUGUGUGUGUGUGUGUGUGUGUGUGUGUGUGUGUGUGUGCGAGCCGAUGUGAAACGAAACACAUUGAAUUCCAAGAAACAAUCUUUCUUUUAUUGAAGCAACACCAUCACACACACGCACAUGUGCAUCUCACAUUAUUACUAUGUUAUUGGUUUUCUGAAAAGUGUGUGUAUGUUUGUGUCCUGUCUGUCUGAGUGUCUACUUGUCUGUCUACCUGCUAUACUGACUACCUGUGUGUCAACCUGUCCACCUUAGUUACUGUCCCAAUAUUCACUUCCCAAUACACCAGUUUCAACACAAAUCAGCAACAACACAAACAUCAUCAGCACGACUCUGGUGCAUCCUGCUCUGUGGAAAUCUUGGUGUCUUCCGUUUGUGGUCUCAGCAACAGAUGAAUACAAAGUUCACCACAAAGCUGCAGGACGUUGCAUGAGGGAAGUAAAGCAGAAGGCCAAGUAGAGUUGACGUCACUGACAUUUCCUGCUGUAACUGGAAGAACUGCUACUUUAGUUCACUUUAUGACUAUUGCUGACUGCUAUGCUGUGAUGUGACUACUGUUAAAAGUGAUAGUGCGAUUCAGUAGAAACUGAGGCUGAUGUUAUUACACCCAGAAGCUUUUUGGUAAUAAAGAUUUAUAAACUUGAA